ACUCGUGGCUACUGCCACUCAUGAAAUAUUUAUUUUCAUACCACUCGAUGAAAAUAAAUCAUGUAUUUAUAUAAAAAACUUGAAUUUUCUGUUUAUUAUAUGCAUUUUUCUCUUUCUGGACAUAAAAAUUUGAAAGACGUUGCCUUAAAUUUUGAGCACUGGCAGAAUUUAAAAGAAAGUAGUCCGGCAAGACACCAGUGAAAAUACGGAAAAUAUGUUUCACUGCAGUGAAAAAAUAAAUUUUUACAGUGAAAAUACGGAAAAUGAAAAUACGCAUUUUAUUUCAUCAAUAUUUCUCAAUAUUUCAUUUAAAAGUAUAUAAUAAAAAGUAAAACUUACAAAAAUGUUCAUGAUUUUAGAUAUUUUGUUUGAAUAUUCAAACAUGUUUUUUUAAGGUUUCAUUUUUUUUUCUAUAUUUGUUUUGUUUUAUAAUUUUAUUUUUUUUUCGUCUGACAAGUAAAUUUUCAUAAGUUAUAAAACUUGUCCUUAACUUUUUUCUUGCGGUUUGUUAGUUUUUUUCUUUAAGUCCAUGUUGUUGAGGUUUUUGUAGUUACUGCAUGUUGUUAUAUUGACAUUUUGAAACAUUUUCAUCCCUUUAAUGAAUGCAACAGAUGGUGUGUUACAAGCUGUGAAGUGACAGGUUUAUUUUAUACCCUAUAAUGUCUCUCUGUUACUUUUAAUCAUAAUGUUUUAUUCAAAUCAAUUUAAUAGGCGUAAAAUCCCUUCAAACUGCAAGAAUAGGAAUACUUUAUUGUUAAACUUCUUGGAUGGACUUUUGGAUUUUAAUUAAAAACGAGUGGUGGCAGUUUAGGAGUGGAAAACAAUGACGAAAGGGGAAGCGAAAACAUUCAUGUUGUUUUGUUAAAUAAUAGAUUUUAUCUGCAUAAGAAAAGAAAUGGAGGGUAAAAGGAUAUUAAAAGUAGUGGGAAUUCUUACGAUUUUAGCUGGUGGAAUGUUUUAUCUCAGCUCAGGCAGAAGUUUCACCUUACCUCGAAUAAACCUAACAAAAGAUCCUCUUGUUCUUGAAGAAAAGACUUCGCAAACUAAAAAUUCGACUCUAGUCUAUAUGCCAUUUACUUUGAAAAAGCAGACGACAAACGGCACCUUUACGCCAUCAUCGCCGUGGCGAUGGGCAGUUAUUUCUAUUGCAGUGACGCCAAAAAUGUCAAAAGGUUAUAUAUUUUGCCUUCCAUUAACAGUAGCUGCCUGGAAACGCAUUGGCUGGCAUACGAUGAUAAUUAUUACUGGAGAAAUUGAACAAUGGAAAAAUUCUUCUAUUCUUAAUAUAGUGAAGCAGACGACUCUUGAUAUAGACAAUACCGCGCGUUUUAUUAUGAUGCCCGUUACACACAAUCCAGUAUCGUAUGCCCAAGUGUCGAGAUCGUUCGUGGUCGCAUUCGCCGAUUGGUUAAAUCCUGACGACAUUGUUAUGACGUCAGAUAUAGACAUCGUACCGUUAAAAGGCGAGUUUUACGAUAAAGUUCGUGGAAACGAAAUUUUCAUUUUGAAUGCGGAUUGCUGUGGUUCUUUUCGUUGGAAAGACAAAACGGUAAGAAUGCAGCCAAUGACGUCAAUCGGAAUGAGCGCACAAAAUUGGAUACAAGUGAUGAAUCUAACACCUCUACCAGAAAAUCAACCAUAUUUUGUCUAUGUCAAUUCCUGGCUACUUAAAUACUAUGGAAGAAACGUAACUACGAAAAACGUGGCGAAAGGCGUCAAUGAAAAUUGGUAUCUUGACCAGCGUGUAGUCUCUAUUCAACUCCACAUGACAAACAUAAAACAAAACAAAUUACGUCGGCAAACGUUCAGAGAUAGAGUUGACCGGGCGUUCAGUGGCUCGUGGACGAACUUCAAGUCGCACGUGGACGCGCAUGUGUACCUCGACCCUCUCACGGGCAAUCAUUGGGAUAAAACGUUGUCGCUUAUUACAGAUGUCUUUCCUGGGGAUGUUGCUGACAAGUUAAAGCAAUUUAAAGACGAUUUUGUCAAAGCCUUUGACGCACAUGGAAUGACAUAGCUUAUUAGUUUAUAUUGUUCAAAGUUAUUUGUUUAGGGUAUCUAUGCAUGUUUACAUAUAUAGCGUGAUUCUGUUCACUUUAGGGUUUGAAAUUUUACACAUGUACAGGUUCUUCUUUAUACAUUUACGUUUGAGAGAAUGUCAAUUAUUUAAGCAGCCUACUUUCAGAGAUGCUAAUUUUAUUAUAUCGAAAUUUCAUAUGAAAUGAAGUUUUUCAUUUCAACAAAAAAUUACAAUCAUGUUUACUUUGUAAAUAUGACCUGAAAUAAACAAUAAGUUUACAGCAUUUAAAAAAAAGUUACUAGCCAUUAUACGACUAACAGUAAAUACCAUACGUCACAAAAUGCUUCUGUCACGCCUAUCGAUCCGACGUUUGACGGAAAGGGCCGAAAAGUAUACUUCCCUUACCUGACAGUAAAACGAGCUAGGAAGACAUGUAAAUCUGUGCAGCCGUAGCUCUAGUACCGCCAAAAUUUAAAAUGGUCAGUCCCAAAAUUGUAAGCUGGACAAA